GCGCAGGCGAUAUGACGUCACCCGAGCGCCGCUCUUCCUCCCGGAGUCUCGCGGGCGCGCUGGCUUCUGGCGGUUACUGCGAGGUGGACGCAGCCAGCUCUCCGCGGCCGGGUGACAUGCUGCAGAAGCCGAGGGGCCGCGGCCGGCCCAGCACGCAGGCCGAUAAGGAGCGGGAGUGGGGAGGCGCAGGCGAGGAGGCGCCCAGCACGUCCCGCGGCACGGGCGGCACGUCCCAGGGCUCCCGCGCCUCCCUGUCGGCCCCCGCCGUGGGGCCGCGCACCCAGAAGCAACUGGAACUGAAGGUGGCCGAGCUAGUGCAGUUCCUGCUGAUCAAGGACCAGAAGAAGAUCCCCAUCAAGCGCACCGACAUUCUGAAGCACGUGGUGGGUGACUACCGGGACGUGUACCCCAACCUGAUGCGCCUGGCCGCCGAGCGUCUACAGUACGUGUUCGGGUACAAGCUAGUGGAGCUGGAGCCCAAGAGCCACACCUACAUCCUUAUCAACAUGCUAGAGCCUGUGGAGGAGGACGCGGAAGUGAGGGGCGACCAAGGUACACCUACCACGGGCCUGCUCAUGAUAGUCCUGGGGCUCAUCUUCAUGAAAGGCAACACCAUUACUGAGACCGAGGUCUGGGACUUCCUGCGGCGGCUUGGGGUAUACCCCACCAAGAAGCAUUUAAUUUUUGGUGACCCAAAGAAACUCAUUACUGAAGACUUUGUGCGGCAGCGCUACCUGGAGUACCGGAGGAUACCCCACACCGAUCCCGUGGACUAUGAGUUACAGUGGGGCCCGCGAACCAACCUGGAAACCAGCAAGAUGAAAGUUCUCAAGUUUGUGGCCAAAGUUCAUAAUCAGGACCCCAAAGACUGGCCCACACAAUACUGCGAGGCCUUGGCGGAUGAGGAGAGUAGGGCCAGACCUGCGGCUAGUGCUCCACCCACAUCCUCUUGAACUCUUGAGGUGCAGUCAGAGGAACUCCCGAAAUCCAGGAUAAAAGGACAGGGAAAGGGGUUGGAGGAAGCUUGAUACUGCUAGGUAUCUUGUAGCAUCAGGAUGUUGUGCAGGGUUUUGAUAUUUUGUUAUGGCUUGGGGCUUUAAGUUUUACAUUGCUAAAGAGAUGGAAGGGGGAAAAAACAUUUUAUUCAAAGAGUUUUCCAUCUUUCUAAACAUAACUGGAAAACCAUAGUAUGAUGUUAAACAUUUAGGAAAGAAUAUUUAGGUAAGUUGCUUUGCUCUCCUAGAAGAUAAUGAAGCAAGAUAAUUCAUGGGGGAAAGAAAAGUCUAUUUGAAAAUACAAAUACAGUUGUUUUAGCCUCAUGUCAACACAACUUUAAAAAUGCAUAAUCUGUAUAGAUAUGAGCACUGUUUGGCUCCAAACAAUAUGAUGUGUUUUUUUAACAUUUUAAUAUUACUCUGUUACCCUAUGAAUGCCAUUUAAGGUGGGUUUUUUUUUUCUAUUUAUAAUAAAUACUGUGCUUUUGAGU